AUGCCCUUCACUACGCAAGAACUUAGCGGUCGGUUCAGGCUCCCUCCAAACGCUUGGAAGGACGCCUUCCUCACACGAGGAGAUCGGUACCCGACCCCUGUCUUCACACACGACGAAGAACUCUGGGGUGAUCUCGUUCGAGACGAGAUCCACAAGCUGCAGCAGGAGGAGAUGGAGAUGCGCAAAGACGCGAUUCUGCGGGAGAAUGAGCGCAAACGAGCACUGGCUGGACAAACCUCGACAAGGCGUGCGCUCAACUCGUCUUUCCAGGGCCCGUUCGCCCUGCAAAUGCCGAUUUCUGAAUAUCAUGGAUGGCAGGGCGUGCCUGCUCCUAUCCCGCAAAAUAUCAGCUACGCGAAUGAGUACGCGACUCGACAGGCUCAGACGUACCGGGAUUCCAGGCAUACGGCUCCGCAGCCUGAGUCGUACGUCGACAACCUUGCGAGGACGGUCACGACCUAUCGGGAGCAACAGGAACAACUGCGACGUUUGGAAGAAUGUCGCCGGCGUAUGCGGUUGGAUGGUGACCAGUACCAGCGAAACACGCUCUAUGCUCCUCUACCGCCCAGGGUAGAGGUCGCCCAUCAGUCCGCGAGAGCCUGCCACGCUCCUGCUGUUCUAGCUCGUGAAGUCCUCACUUUCGGGAGCGAGUCUCCUCUCUCUCUGCGGUCGGUUCACCCCAUAACUUCAUACGGACACACCUUCCAGACAGCAGAGCACAUGCUGCUCUUCCUCCGGCUCGAGCCGGGACAACAUCCUGCCGGAGUGAUCAAAGAUUUCCUGGAGCUUCCCAACCCCAAGGUAGCGGCUGGCAGGCAUCCGGGGUCAUUGAGGAACGACUGGUGGCGGGACCCGAAGCUGAGAUGGGAGACGGUGAGGGAGGUGGUGAGGGCGAAGUUGGACCAGUCGGCAGAGGCGAGGCAGGUGCUGGUGGAGAGUGGGGAAUGGGACCCAGGGGAUGGGGAGGAUUCGAGUGGGGAGAAUCUGGUCGGGAGGGCGUUGAUGGAAUACAGGGCAGAGAUUGGCCAGCGCUGGAGACUUUGA